GCUAAAUCAACGACCGCAACCAAGAUGAGUUCACUAAAGUUUCGUCUAAUUUAACCUAUAAGCAUUUGGUUCCAUUUUUAAAAAUCCCGCUUUUUUCAUCACUAUGACUCAUUUACGCGAGGACUAAUACGAGACUAAGCCACACCCCAACGCUGCGUAAGAGAUUCGGCCAUGGAGGUGCCAGAAUAGUAUAAAAUAGCAGAGAAUCUAUCAAAUUCGAGCAGUAAUUGAUUAUUAACAGCAUUUACGAAAUAUAAAAUCACGGGGUAUAAAGAAUUCCGACCCAUCCAACACACUUACGGGCACCAUUUUACUUCAUAUCUUCGAUUUAUUAGCUCAGAAUUAGUCAACGAGUUCAUCAUGUCACACCGUGGAAUGAGGCAGAGGAUCGCCAAAGAAACACAGAAGCUAACUCCUGGAAUUAUUCGAUCCACAAAAGGUGCCACCGCUGAUGCAGAAUUCUAUCCAGAACUUCUACCAGCACUACAAGAGAACAAGAAACCUAGAGAUACCCGAGUAUACGUUGACUAUGGGGAUAGCUUCACGGUCGCUCAGAGACUGUUGGCUGCUAGACGGACGAAUAUCGCAGUUUUGAAUAUGGCCAGUGAUCAACUUCCAGGAGGUGGAUGGCUUCGGGGCGCUCUUGCACAGGAAGAAGCAUUAUGCUUACGGUCAACUCUUGCGGCUACUCUGAACCCCUCGCAUUAUCCGACUCCUCCACUAGCUGCAACAUGGAGUCCAGGUGUUGCUGUAUUCCGAGAAGAUACCAACCAUAAUUGCACAUUACUGAAGAAGGACGAUCAUUUUGUUGUUAGCGUCGUUAGUAUGGCUGGUCUAAGACGGCCGCCAUUGACUGGUGAUGAAUUGGAUUAUCGCUUUCCUAAAGACACUGAGUUGGUCAAGAACAAGAUCAGGCAAGUUCUUCGUUUAAUGGCAUUAAAUAGGACGUCAUGUUGCGUUCUUGGUGCCUUGGGCUGUGGCGUCUUUGGCAAUCCACCGAAGCGUGUUGCUCAAUUGUUUCGCAACGUCAUUCUAGAAGACGAAUUUAGAGGCCGCUUUGAUGAAAUUGUGUUCGCGAUUUUGGAUCGAGCAUUGGUGGGCAACUUUGAGAUCUUUCGGGAUAUUAUCGGGGAUUUUAUUAUGGACAGCAAACCAGCAGUCGCAUAAUAUCAUGAGCGCAGACAUGCAACUCUAGUUCUCAUACUGAGCUUUCGCUUUUCGAUGUGAAAGCUAUAGGU